AUGGAGAUAUCUCUGUUGAAGACGCUUCUCAAUAAUAUCUCCUCCUUUUUUCAUCUAUCAUCCUUUGAGAAUGUGAUAUCCGGUCUAGCCCAAAAGUAUUUUCAGAAGACAAAAGAGAUAUUGAAGCUUCAAAAGCAAAUUCUUGAUUCCGUUGUUGAUUGUGAAAUAGCUUCCAAUGAGAUGCUCAAUAAAUCUUUUGCAGAGUUGGGUCAAUCUAUCAAUGAACUCAGGGAACUCUUCGUAAACCGGCAGCCAUUGUCUGUUGAAAGGUAA